GAGAGAGAGGAAAGUAGGGGGCCGACAGAGGAACUUUGGUCUGAAGUUUCCCUUAUCGUCAUCAUUAUUAUCCUCAAAGAUCCAACAAAAACACUUGUACUCAACCUCCCUUUCUUCUCUUUGUUUAUUGGUACAAGAAUUCACCGGAAUAAGUAACCAAGAUGGGUGCUUUUGGAAUCUUGUAGCUUAUUUUGUGAAAACUCUAUACAGAAAUGAAAUACUCCAAAAUGGGUUCUUAACAACUUAUAUCACUAGAUGUUUUUGUGAAAUUCAUAUACAGAAAUAAAAUACCCAAAAGGGAUUCUUGAGGACUUGAUGAUUAGUUUAACUUUUGCUCAGCAGAGUAAAGAUUGCUGUUUGAGCUGACACGAGCAUUUACCAAAGAAACAUAUGUCGAGAGAUUUUGUUCAAUCCACGACUAGGCUGUUUUCUGGGUACAUCGCGAGGGUCAAGACCAAAUCCAGGAAAUCAACCUUUUUACGUUGCAAUGCAGGGGGCAGAUUGUUUCCAAUUGUCAUAUGGAGCCUAGUAGGGUGCCUUCUUUUACUUCAGCUGUGCUCCUUUACUUAUCAAAGAAAUGUGCAAAGCGGCGGGACUCACUUAAGUAUAAGCCAGCAGACACAGUUUCGGGAGCUUGAAGAGGUCGAGAAGGAGAAUAUACAGCUUCCACCACCCAGGAAGAGAUCCCCACGUGCUGCCAAACGGAAGCCUAAAAGGCCAACGACCUUGAUUUAUGAAUUCCUAGACGAGUCUUCCCAGCUAAGGCAUGUGUUUUUCCCUGGUCAAAGAACUGUUGUGGAUCCUAGGAAGAAUUAUGGGAAUGAUACCUAUUACUACCGGCCAGGAAGAAUGUGGUUGGAUACUGAGGGGAACCCUAUACAAGCUCAUGGGGGAGGCAUUCUUUAUGAUUCAAGGACAAAAAUGUAUUAUUGGUAUGGAGAGUAUAAAGACGGCCCCACUUACCAUGCUCACAAAAAAGGAGCAGCAAGGGUUGAUGUCAUUGGUGUCGGUUGCUAUUCGUCAAAAGAUUUGUGGACAUGGAAAAAUGAAGGCAUUGUUUUAGCAGCUGAAGAAAAAAACGAGACACAUGAUUUAUACAAAUCGAAUGUGCUAGAGAGGCCAAAAGUAAUAUACAAUGAGAAGACAGGUAAAUACAUAAUGUGGAUGCAUAUUGAUGAUGCAAACUACACUAAAGCUUCUGUAGGUGUUGCCAUUAGUGACUCUCCUACUGGCCCCUUCAAUUAUUUGUAUAGCAAACGACCUCAUGGAUAUGAUAGUAGGGACAUGACACUCUUCAAAGAUGAUGAUGGCGUUGCAUAUCUUGUCUACUCAUCGGACAAAAACAGUGAGCUUCAUAUUGGUCCACUUAACAAAGAUUAUGUAGAUGUAACUGAAACCGUGAGAAGGAUUCUUGUCGGACAACACAGGGAAGCACCAGCUCUAUUUAAGCACCAGGGAACAUAUUACAUGAUCACAUCCGGCUGCACCAGUUGGUCUCCAAAUGAGGCCCUAGCUCACGCAUCCGAAUCGAUUAUGGGGCCGUGGGAGACCAUUGGAAACCCAUGCAUUGGCGGGAACAAAAAUUUUCGGCUAACUACUUUCUUUGCUCAGAGUACAUUUGUGCUUCCAUUGCCCGGAAUACCUGGUCUCUUUAUUUUUAUGGCUGAUAGGUGGAAUCCGGCUGACUUAAGGGAUUCGAGGUAUGUGUGGUUACCAUUAACAGUGGGCAGACCGUUAGACCGUCCUAUAGAGUACAACUUUGGGUUCCCUUUGUGGUCUAGAGUGUCAAUAUAUUGGCAUAAGAAAUGGAGACUUCCUUAUAGGAGGUGAAAAAUGUAAAUAGGGGUUUUACACUCUGAUUUCUUUGUAAAAUAUGUUUUCUUUUCUUUUUGUGUUGUUUAGUAUUCUUCCACAUCAUGUGUUAUAGUUAAUAUUGUUGAUUUUUGAAAAGAUAAUCAUAGGUGUAAAUAUGCAGAGGCUGGACCCAACAUUCAUUAUAUGUAAAUGUAAUGUACAGUGUAAUUUCUUCAGCUGUAAUCAUUUUUUUCUGUGAGUGAAACCAGGAUCGGCAUUUGUUCA